AUCUAAGAUGGCAACUGUGGAACCGGAAACCACCCCUACUACUAAUCCCCCACCUGCGGAAGAGGAGAAAACAGAAUCCAGUCUGGAGGUUCCUAUAGCAAACCCAGAGCACUAUAUCAAACACCCUCUCCAGAACAGGUGGGCACUCUGGUUUUUUAAAAAUGAUAAAAGCAAAACUUGGCAAGCAAACCUUCGAUUGAUCUCUAAGUUUGAUACUGUUGAAGACUUUUGGGCUCUAUACAACCAUAUCCAGUUGUCUAGUAAUUUAAUGCCUGGCUGUGACUACUCACUUUUUAAGGAUGGUAUUGAGCCUAUGUGGGAAGAUGAGAAGAACAAACGGGGUGGUCGAUGGCUAAUUACAUUGAACAAGCAGCAGAGACGAAGUGACCUCAAUCGCUUUUGGCUAGAGACACUGCUGUGCCUUAUUGGAGAAUCUUUUGAUGACUACAGCGAUGAUGUAUGUGGAGCUGUUGUCAAUGUUAGAGCUAAAGGUGAUAAGAUAGCAAUAUGGACUACUGAGUGUGAAAACAGAGACGCAGUAACACACAUAGGGAGGGUAUACAAGGAAAGCUUAGGACUUUCUCCAAAGAUAGUAAUUGGUUAUCAGUCCCACGCAGACACGGCUACAAAGAGCGGCCCCACCACUAAAAAUAGGUUUGUUGUUUAAGAAGACACCUGAGUGUUCUCACAGGAGACUGCGUCACGCAAUCGAGAUUGGGAGCUGAACCAAAGCCUCAUCUAAGCAGAGUGGACUGCACUGAAGUUUGAUUCCAUCUAAAUGUUGCUAAGAUAUAAGAGAAGUCUCAUUCGCCUUUGUCUUGUACCUCUGUGUUCAUUUCUUCCCUUCCUCCCCCCAAUUUUUGCUAGUGUGUCCACUAUCCCAAUCAAAGAAUUACAGUAUAUGCCACCCCAGAAUCCGCAGGUGUGUCCCUGGCCCGCACUGUAACAGCUGGGUAGAAUUACCAUGAUACACACAUUUGCCUUUCCA